CUAGCCAUUUUUAUCAGUUGAUCACAGGAAGUCCGCCUGAUGCUAUGCAUUAUUCAUCUUGGUUCUAGUCAUAGAAUCCAAACUGUUCUUUACACUGGGCGAUUUUAUAAUGAUUGAAGAAGCCUGGCUUGGGAGCAGUUUCUGAAGACCGCCACCUUCUAGCAUUUGCCAGUAUUCAUCAUCAUUUGACUGGUGUUAAAUAUCUAAUGAUGUCGAACUUUUUGGAUGUGGAUUCUAUACCAAGGCUUUUAUUCAGCCAGGGAGCCCAAGCUCGCCGGGCAACCCUGUACACCGCUCACCCCUUAAUGGCGGCAUCUUCAGAGGAGGAGACUGAUCGGCGACCCAUUAGGAGAGUCCGGUCAAAAAGUGACACCCCUUAUCUGGCAGAAGCGAGGAUCUCUCUGAACCUGGAGACAGCUGAAGAAGUGGAAAGACUGGCUGCAAUGCGCUCCGAGUCCCUAGUGCCUGGCACCCACACUCCACCCAUCAGGCGAAGAAGUAAAUUCGCCACUUUAGGAAGACUUUUCAAGCCUUGGAAAUGGAGAAAGAAAAAAAGUGAAAAGUUCAAGCAGACGUCUGCAGCACUAGAGCGGAAAAUCUCAAUGAGACAGAGCAGAGAAGAACUCAUUAAGAGAGGCGUAUUAAAGGAGAUCUAUGAUAAAGAUGGUGACCUGCAGAAUGAAGAUGGAAUGAUGGAAAAUGGUAGUCCUUCGUCCUCACUUCCAGUCAUAAGUGAGCUAGACUCAAGUUCAGGGGUGUCAGGGGACACUUGUGCAUAUGAAGUUCUUCCAACCUCUGAACUCAUGGAUGGGACAGUAUCCGAAGAUCUCCCAUCUGAGCCAGGAUCCCUAUCCCAGGAUCCAUCAUACAAGCCAACCCUGCUACUGCCCCCCAAAAAAUCAACUUACCCUGUAGACCAUGAGGACACCCCUGUGAAACCACUAACUCUCCUCAAGCAGCCCCCUGCCCUGCCUCCUAAACCUCUUUCCAGAUUUGCCAAUCAUAUAGCAGACUCCGGAGCACCUGUGAAACUGCCUUGUAUGAUGGGGAAGAUGUCGCCUCCACUACCUCCAAAGAAAGUCAUGAUAUGCAUGCCAUUAGGAGGAUCAGACUAUCCCCACUCCUAUUCCAAUCAAAAGAGCUCCCAGCAUCACCACACCAUCCUCCCAUCUCAACUAGCCGUCCACCAGCAUCAGCUUCAGUACGGAAGCCAACAUCACUCAACUGGAUCAAGUUCAGUGCCCAUCCAUCCGUCAUUACCUCCAGGAUGCAGGGUAAUUGAGGAGCUCAACAAGACACUUGCUAUGACAAUGCAAAGGUUGGAAAGCUCGGGGUUACAUGGAGGAGACAGCAUGUCAAAGUCAGGACUGGGUGGAUAUGCGGACAUGAGACAAGUGCCAACUGUUGUUAUUGAAUGUGAAGAUGACAAAGAAAAUGUGCCUCAUGAAUCAAACUAUGAAGACUCAUUAUGCCUGUACUCAAGAGAUGACGAAGAUGAUGAGGAUACAGAUGAGGAGGAAGAUGAUGAUGAUAGCUCACUAUACACAAGUUCGCUGGCAUUAAAGGUUCUCAGGAAGGAUUCUUUGGCAAUCAAGUUAAGCAACAGGCCCUCGAUAAGAGAGUUAGAAGAAAAGAACAUUCUGCCCAUGCAGACAGAUGAAGAGAGGCUGGAACUGAGGCAGCAGAUUGGCACUAAACUUAUUAGACGACUGAGCCAAAGGCCUACAGCUGAAGAGUUGGAACAAAGAAAUAUUCUGAAACCUCGUAAUGAACAAGAAGAGCAGGAGGAGAAACGAGAAAUUAAAAGGAGACUCACACGCAAGCUCAGUCAGAGACCUACUGUAGAGGAGCUGCGGGAGAAGAAAAUCCUAAUUCGUUUCAGUGAUUAUGUGGAGGUGGCAGACGCACAGGAUUAUGACAGGAGGGCAGACAAACCUUGGACUCGAUUAACAGCCGCUGAUAAAGCAGCCAUACGAAAGGAGCUAAAUGAAUUUAAAAGUACAGAAAUGGAGGUUCAUGAAUUAAGUAGGCAUUUAACAAGGUUUCACAGACCCUAGCAUUAAAGUUCUACUUGAAUACUUUACUGUUUUCAAAAAGGGAACCACAAGUGCUGGGAUAUUUUAUUUUGUCUUCUACUUCAAUGUAAAUCUUUGGAACUGCCUUGUAUUUCCAAAAGAAGAAAACGGCAUUUGCAUAAUCUUCAUAGAUGAUUUCCAUCUUCACUAGACCUUAAGAAAUGUGAAGCGUUGUGCAAUGCAAAACGUCACCCAUGUCUGGAUCUGUCCUGUAUGUACAUAUGAGCAGAAGCUGUUCUUCAAGUCUUCGGGUGUCAGCAUCUUGCGUCUCAGUCUUAAGCUGUAGCUCAUAUGGAAGAUCUGGGGCAUGAGUGGAUUAAGGAGACCUGUAAAACUUAUGCCAGUCCAGCUUCAAGCCUUUCAGCCAAAUUGAUGUGGGCUUUAUGAGCAACAAAGAGAGACUUGCACUACUUCUCCUUUGUGAAGCAUUCCCAGUUGACUGUCACAUCUUCCAUACUGGAGACUGGUUGAUUUUUCUGGUUUUUUUGAGUCUGUUGUGACUCAAUGUGCUCCUUCAGAAAUAUCUAACUAUAGACACAACAGGGCUGGAAUGACCAGCAUCAUGUAGCUUUGCAACUGGUCCUUGGCGCCAAAAUCAUCAUUUUAUUAAUGCAUUAAGAGAGUAAUCAGGGUCAGUAAAAUAAAAGAAUACCGAAACAUCAACCCAUUUCAAGGAAGACAUGUUUCAUUUGUUUGGCUACUAAAGCCUCUAAAGUUACAGUAUGUGGCCCUCUCUAUAUCCAUGGUCAUGUGCAGGUGGCAUCAUGCAUUUCAUCAUCCGUCCAGUCAAUGUACAGAUCUUCAGUUGAAUGGGCCGCUCAUUACAUUUCUUUUUUUCUGCAGUCCUGGAUCAGCAGGGAAGAGGACAUGGUCAGUCCUGCUUUCAUAUUCCAUCCCAAAACUUAUUUUCCUAAAGGCAGAUAUUGAUCAUCAGAUGAGGACAUGGUCAGUCCUACUUUCAUAUUCCAUCCCAGAACUUAUUUUCCUAAAGGCAGAUAUUGAUUGUGUUUGUCUUUGGGAACGUGUUGUCAUUAUAUUGUGCCUGUUCUGUAUAGAGUAGGAACUGUAAAGACAGACUCUGCCAAUAUGCCAGGUCAAAAGCCUCCAGUGAUUGAGCCUGUCCAUAUUAACAUGGAGUUUUCUUGUAAAGGAAGAAAAAAAUAAAACAAGAAUAUUUUUCAAAAUCUACUUUUUCUAUCUAUUAAUCUUUCUGGAAAACUGUAAAAUUGUGGAAAAUCUACCAUGAAGCAGGUCUAUUACAUUUCAUUUGCGCUAAACAUGGGAAACUUUAGGUGUACAAGGACAUUUUUGUAGGUUUUUGUUUAUUCCUCAUUUUACACUAGGCUGCAAAUUGCUUGUCAACUUAUCUUAACCUUUUAUGUACCGCCGCACGACUAUAUACGUCAUGGAGGUAGGUUGUUAAUUGUAACCCAACGUAUAAAAUUGUCGGGUUACACUGCGAUUUGCCAGCACCCUGUGGCACUGCAGAUGGCUGUGAAUGUGCUGUCGUCAC